UAUGCCAGGGCAGACAAUCCUCAAGUGGCUGCUCCCCCACAUUUACAUUAACCUAUUGCCAUGUUUGUCAUUGCAACAACCGCCAACGUUUUUAAAAGCACACACAUUUUAAAAAAUAGCGUACGAGGUUUGCGCGAUGUUGCCUUGAAUAGAACGGUACCAACCGCCCGAGGCAACGUUCAGGACGUCAAUGCUUUCCUAAAAGCAAUUGGACGGAACACAGAACAAUAUGCAGAGAAAUUCGAGACUUGGGAUAAAUUAUUCACGACAAGUAGUGGCGUUAUGAAACAUGACUUGGGUAUUGACACAAAGUCUAGAAAGUAUAUCCUAAAUUGGGUAGAAAAAUAUCGACAAGGAAUUCAACCUUAUGAGGUACCUCUUCCCAAGCCCAAGUCUAAGAAGAAAUAAGUCAUAACUGCUACAUUUAUCUUAGCAUGCAGCUGUGUAUAUACCUAUUCAUUGUAUAUUUAUUGCUAAUGAAAUAAAAGAAGACC